CGGGCUGGGCUUUUCAGGUCACCAUGGUAGCAAUUUGCACUGGUGAAGAAUUUGAUACCAAGGCGCUUGGAGACUGAUUGGAGUGCAUUGUGAGCCGUCUGGGGUCGCUGAUUGGUUCAAGGAAAAGAGCAUAACUACAAGGAGUUUAUAUUCAUUCAACUUGUUGAAGUACCGCUGAGUCUGGAGGAAGAAUUCAACAAAGAAGGUCUCUGAGGGAAUCUAAGAGCGAUUGUGGCGGAGGAUUACGCUUCUCGUUUUUAACAUGAACGAAUGAAGUGAACCAAAUAGACUCUGGUAAACAUGUCAAGUGCUGACAGUGAAGUUAAAACGUUGCUCAACUUUGUAAAUUUGGCAUCAAGCGACAUCAAGGCGGCCCUGGAUAAGUCGGCUCCUUGCAGGCGCUCCGUGGAUCACCGGAAAUACCUACAGAAACAGCUCAAGCGCUUUUCACAAAAGUUCUCCAGGGUACCGAGAUGCCAAACGCUGAGAUCUGCGGACUACAGGUGCACCAGAGGUGCAGGAGCCGAACGUCAGAUGGGAAAGGUGAUAGAUAAAUCCAGCUCCGAUGCGCAACAGAGCGUCGGAGGCGUGAUGGAGCAGGUGCCAAUGAGGAAACGACAACUGCCAGCUUCAUUUUGGGAGGAACCCAGGCUAAUCAAAGCUAAGAGAGACAUAUCAUGUAUGGAUUUAAGAGAAAGCAGCACGGGAAGUGAUGGCAGCGAGGACGAAAAGAGGAAAAGGAGUCAGGAUGACGCUCCAAAGACUCCAAAGACCACCAUCUCCUCGUCCAAGCGCGGCUCUGCUGAUAAAGAGGUCCUUAAACUGGACCUGACUUCCCAUCACUCUGUGUGUUUCUGCGGCUGCUGGCCCUUCCAGUUCCAUGAAAACCAGGUCCUCCACAGUCAACUCGUUGUGCCCCAUCCUCCCAUGGGCCUGUGGAGCAAGCCAGUAGGACCAGAGCUGGAGAGAUCCGAGCAUCCUUAUGGACAGAAACUUCACAGGCACGUUGUGGUCAAACCCAUACCGACCAAGCCCACAGCUCAUUCUCCAAUCUUCAGCGUUUUUGGAUUCAUUUAAUCUGUCCACCAGAGAAGGUGAAACUGUGACAAUUUGCUCUGUUUAUGCUUUUUUUUUCCUCUUGGAUUUUGGAAACCAGACACUUCUUUAAGCACUUACUAGAAUACUACGUCUAUUUGUGAUGUUUAAGCCUAAAGGAAUAAAUUGCACUUUUCCAAUAAAUGAAUCAGCUUCACUUUUAUUUUC